AUGGCAUAUGAAUUCAACCUGAAGAAUUCUUUUCAAGAUUUCAAUCCAAGCAAAUUUUUUGUACACUGCUGCUUGCUUGUCUUUUGUUUGCUGUUGGCUUUGAAACUUGAUGAUGAAAUAAGAUGCAGCUACUGGGUCAUCUUCAUUCCUUUAUGGAUUUGGAAAGGAGCAGCUUUGGUUGGAUGCAUUGUGGGAUGUUUCAUCUGGAUUCGAAAUCCUCAUUAUAGAAUUGAAAGAGAUUCUUCUAAUCACUUCCGAGCGAUGAUCAUUGCAACUAGUCUGCAAAUGCUUUUGUUGAUGUUUGAGCUGAUGUCCUGUGACAAGUUAGAGAAUGACAGGACCCAAGUUUUAUGGUUGUUUGUAUUCAUUCCUUUGUUUAGCAUUAGUGUUAUUUCAAUUGGAUUGUGUGUUUGGGCUCUCAAGCAUGGCAGAUCGUGUGAAUUUGAAAUAUUUUGUUCCACUAACAUACUCCAAUUUAUUUUUUUCGCCCUGAGAUUGGACAACUUCGUUCAGUGGAGAUGGGUGAUAAUUUUCAUCCCAAUUUGGAUUCUGCUCUGCAUAGCUCUCAUUUGCGUAUUCUAUGUCAUCAUCCUGACGUUGAUAUUGUUGAGAUCUUCAGAUGUUAUGGCCGAGCAAAAGAGAAAUAACACCAUUUCAGCAGUUGGUUACACUUUUAUUGUGACACCCCUCCUUGUAUUCAAUGUCUUGCUAACGAAUAAAUUGGACAAAAUAGACAACAUGCCUUACGUUUUGGUUGUCAUACCAUUGUUGGCUUCACUGGUGGCGUUGAUUGUCACGUCAUUCAACAGCAGAGGAGCGAAUUAUUCUCUAAAUAUGGUGAGCAUUCAUUGUUGGUUUCGUCGUGUUUUUUUCAUGACUUACACACCUUUUAUCAAUUUUUUAGGGAAUAUUUCUUACACUCGCAGUCGGGAUAGACCUGCUGCUGAUGUUCAUACAACUUCAUCCACACUAAAUAAAAAGUCAAUACCAUGUUCCACAAAAAAUCCAAUAAUGCUUUCUGACGAUUUUAAUAGAGGUUCGGUUAAAACCGUUUCUCUAGACUUACCUGAUUAA